AUGUCUGGAAACAACAACCCUGAAAACUGGCGGAACGUCACAGGUAUCGGUCACGGCCAGAACUGGGGUGCGCCGACCGCUUACUCCAAGAACGGGACUGCUUGGGGAAAGGCAAUGAACCCAUCAGCCGUCAACAACGACAAGGCUUCUCCUGCCACACCUGCAAAGGGCUUGAACGCCACGGCUCCGUCCUUCACUCCUACGAUAAUACCAGAAAAGAUGAGCAACAAUCCCUUCUACAACGAUGACCCACUCAACGUCCUCGGUCUCGGCCACGGCGCGGAUUGGGGUACAAGACGCCCUUAG